AUGGCAGAACAGCCUUCUUCGCGCGACUUCGCCUACGAAAAUGGCGCCGAUCGGAAAUCCGUCACGCGUCCGAGCCUUACGGACAGGGCCAAGUCGGCGUGGAACAAGACCGGGCUGGACCGACAGUCAAUCAUGCUGAUGGUCAAGGGCGCAAUACCCCCAACCAUUGGGCUCGCAAUGUAUCAGGCCGACGGGGUCGCAGCAUAUUUCACUACUUCUGGAUACUUGAUAGCUAUCAUAUCAGUAUUGGGCUUCGCUAUCAUGCCCCGCGCUAAGUUCGUUCAGAUGAUGUUGCUCGAUGUCCUGGCCGUCUGCGUAGCAGCGGCUGUGAAUCUCCUGAUGAUGUAUGCAACCGUCAAGGCACGCGAGCAUUCAACCGGUUCGAACGAGUCCCAAGCUGGUAGCUCAGGUUUUCCGCCAUACAAUUCGUCUGCCUCAGUCACCAGCGGCGUAUUCUUAUUCUUUCAGACAUACCUCGUCCAUUCGCUGAGGGCCAAUUAUCAGCAGUUUCAAUUCCCCGUCAUCAUCUACUCCAUUGUGGCCAACGUCACCUUUUCAUUUGCACCUCUUUUGUCAACCAUGCCCGCAGCGAUGUCUAUGGUCCGUCGCAUUCUCGAGGCUGCGUUAAUAGGGCUGGGGCUUGCUACUGGGGUAUCCUUUUUCAUCUUUCCACUUUCCUGCCGAACAGUGGUGUUCAAGCAAAUGGCAGGCUAUAUCAACGCUUUAAGAUCAGCCCUGCAAGCUCAUACGGCCUAUUUCGAAGCCCUGGAGAGCGAAAACGUGUUUGGGCGGACAGCAACCUAUGACUCGACUGUGGAAAAGAUUGACGAGCAUGGGAAAGUCUAUUCCCCGGAAGCAGCGACAAUACGAAAAGCUGUACAGAAGAUCACAGAGCUUCAUGGAAAGAUGAGCGGUGACCUGACUUUCGCAAAACGUGAGGUUGCCAUAGGUGAACUUGGGCCGGAUGACCUUCAAUCUAUCUUCCGCCAUCUUCGUCAGGCGAUGGUACCCGUUGUCGGACUUAGCUUUGUUGUGGAUAUCUUUGAGCGAUUAUCAGAAUACAAUAAAUGGAACGACCCGAUUGAUCCCUCGUCUGUCAUAUCCGGUGACCUUCGCGACCGUGCGAUACACGAGUGGCAUGAGAUUAUGAGCGCUGUCCAUGAUCCGUUUGUCUCUAUGAUCCAAACAAUUGACGAAGGUCUGCAACAUGUUGCUUUGACUCUGAACCUGACACCGGCACCGAAGAACAGAAAUACAGACCCUGAGGCAUCAGGAAACCUAGGGCCCGGGGACGAAGGAUUCAGUGCCCAUAUGGAAAAGAAGCUCUCUGAUUUCAAAAUAGCCAAGCGGCUUGCGCUGCGGACAUGGAGCGAGGAAAAAGGCAUCACCCUGCCGCCGGAUUUCUUCGAGCAUCCUGCGACCGCACACCUGGAAAUGGAAGAUAUACCUGUGGACGGAGCCGUGAACAGAGAUCGUGCUCGGAGGCAACUGUAUCUUUUUCUUUAUAUGGAGCAACUACUGGCCUCCACCGGCCAUGUCGUCCUCGACUUUGUUCGAUAUGCCGACCGCAAACGAGAGAGCGGGAAAGUCUCGAGAACAAGAUUGGUUAUUCCCGGUAGUAAACGCCUUCGCAAAUGGGCUCUAAGUAUUUUCAAUACCGAGGAUUCCCACGGAGAGGACCACUUGGGCGAUGUGAAUGCGCACAACGGCACGCUUCAACUUGGCGAGGCGUAUACAACCAGGAAAGACCCAGAGCAUCUACCGCCAGAAACAGCGUUUCAGAGAUUCGGAGAUAAGAUCAGGCGACUUGCAGCAAUGCUUCGUUCCCCACAGUCGGCCUAUGGCUUCCGUGUUGCAUGCGCCACCAUGACCAUCGCGGUUGUCUAUUUUAUUCGUGAUACGCAAGAAUUCUUCAUCAGGCAGCGAUUUGUCUGGGCCAUCAUUAUGGUCAACCUCAGUAUGUCUCCGACAUCUGGGCAAAGCAUUUUUGGUUUCGCUCUUCGUAUUGUUGGGACUAUCUUGGCAAUGACGCUCAGUUUGCUCUGCUGGUAUAUUCCUGGGAAACAGACUCCUGGUAUUCUCGUUUUCUUUUUCGUCUUUGUCGCUGCUACGUUCUAUAUACCAGUCAAGCAGUUCCGUUUUCGAAUUGCCGGCAUCAUUACUGUUAUAUCUACGGCUAUGAUAGUGGGGUAUGAGCUCCAGGCUCGCAAGAUUGGGGAGCAAAACGUCAGCGCAAAUGGGCAGACGUACUAUCCGAUUUAUCUUCUAGCACCGUAUCGACUUGCUGUCGUGACGGGAGGUAUUGCAGUUGCCUUCUUCUGGACGUUCUUUCCAUACCCAAUAUCGGAGCAUUCGGUCCUUCGACAAAAUCUAGGGUCGAGCUUAUACCUUCUCGCCAAUUACUACUCCAUCAUUCAUGAAACGGUCACUGCACGAAUGCGAGGCGAUGAGGGCGACAUCGCCCUCAAGACCCCCGCUGGAAGGCGGCUUCUGAAAGCGCGAAACCAAGUCUUUUCAAAGCAGAUGAUCAUGCUGAGCAGUCUCCGCACAUACUCCGAGUUUCUCAAGUGGGAAGUGCCCAUUGGCGGCCGAUUUCCUAAACAGCAGUACGACAGAAUCAUUACCUGCAUUGAGAACAUUGUCAACUACCUCAGUCUUCUGGGGUAUGCCUCAGACUCGCUCAAGCAGCUCGGUAGCGAUGAUGAAUCUGACUCGGCAUGGCUUAAUGACCUGAAGAGGUUGAUCGCCAGCGCGCGGAUUACGACGCACCAGGUGACAUCGGUGUUAUGCCUUCUAUCUGCCAGCCUCACAAAUCAGCAACCUCUACCACCUUUCCUGAAGACACCCAAGCCAUACAGCUUUUCGAAAAGACUGGAACAGCUGGACAAAGAUAUAUUGAGUCUCAGACAUAUUGCAGAGCCAGGGUUCGCGACGUUCUCAGUCCUACAAAUUUCCACUCGCUGCAUCGUUGGUGACGUGGAGAUACUUAUGAAGGAUGUAAAGACCCUUGUUGGUGAACUUGAUUUUUCAUUCCACGCCUUGAGUGCCCGUCACAGCAGCGUCUCAACUGGGGAUGUUUCGCGAGCACCAUCAAGAGCUACGGCGCGAAACAAGCUCGACUAG